AUGGCGCUGUAACUUUCUAAAAUAUCGGCAACAAUCUGCAAUUUUUAUUACAAAUGACAUUUCCCAUCGUGCACUACGCGAUUAGAAUACUUUCUCCUACAUUAUCUUAGUGCUAAGGUGUGGUUUUUGGCAAUCAGCUGAUCAAUUGUCACUUUUUGUUAAUAAUAUUAUGGACAGCAAUAAAAUGGUUUGUGAAGCAGUGGAACCUUUUGAUAACAAUCAAAAUGGUGAAAUUGAUAACAAUGAACAAGAUGAAACUGAUCAGGAAUAUGAACUAUUAAAUGAACAAUUAGACCAAUUGCACUCAGUGCUUGACGAUCUCGAACACAAAACAAAUGCAGUCCAUGCACAAUUUGUCGAGUUACUUAAAUCGAACAAAGAAACCCGAGAAGAACUCCAUCAGGCGUCCUUGAAAAACACUGACGUCAAAAAAGACGAAGAAAAAUGUAAUUAAGUUUUGUAUCAUUUAAAUGCUUUUAAUUUUUUUUUAAAUUAUUUUAUAGAUGUAUAGAAAAUUUGUUUAUAAUUUAAGAUUCAAAUUAUUUAUUGUACAAAGUGUAAAAUUAAACUGAUAUAAUUAGCUUA